AUGUGUGGAAUAACCCAACCCUUCGGCAUAUUGGUGUUUGUUGAUCGGCAAGGGGACUGGUUUACUAGCCUCGACUCCGUGAUUUUCGCACAUCAUUUGUCAGCCACUAGGGCCUGUCCCAAGCCUUCCAGUCUGCUUCUUCGGCAAAUCUUCUUUUUCCAAGAUAAGAGGAGUAAACGUGGUUGUGAUAUCAUUGUGAUUGGGGGGCGUGGGUACGUCAUAUUCGGCAUCAGGGUCUAUACAACAGACCGCGUCACCUUCCCAUACACCUGA